AUGGCUAUGAUAGAUGCUGCCUCUGAUGAGACAAGAGAAGUAAAAGACGAGCGCCAGCUGUUGCUGGAGCUGUUGGAAACGGAUGGGCUAGUGGUGUGCGCCCGGGGGCUUGGCGCCGACCGGCUCCUCUAUCAUUUCAUUCAGCUGCACUGCCACCCGGGGUGCCUGGUGCUGGUGCUCAACACCCAACCGACCGAGGAGGAAUAUUUUAUCAAUCAGCUGAAGUUAGAGAAAGUUGAACACCUUCCUCAACGAGUAACAAAUGAAAUUGCAAGUGGAAGUAGAUAUGAGGUUUAUACCCAAGGUGGUGUUCUAUUUGUAACAAGUCGAAUUCUUGUGGUAGAUUUCUUGACUGACAGAAUUCCUUCAGGUUUGGUUACUGGUAUUUUGGUCUAUAAAGCCCACAGAAUCAUUGACUCUUGUCAGGAAGCCUUCAUCUUGCGCCUCUUUCGUCAGAAAAAUAAAAAUGGCUUCAUUAAAGCUUUCUCAGAUAAUGCAGUUGCCUUUGAUACUGGCUUUUGUCAUGUGGAAAGAGUAAUGAGAAAUCUUUUUGUAAGGAAGUUGUACCUGUGGCCAACAAUUCGCCACUAUUUAGAUCCUCUGUGGCACCAACUUGGAGCAAAGACUAAAUCUUUGGUGCAAGAUUUGAAGAUUCUACAUACUUUGCUACAGUAUCUCUCUCAGUAUGACUGUGUCACAUUUCUUAAUCUUCUGGAAUCUUUGAGAGCAACUGAAAAAGCAUUUGGCCAAAAUUCAGGGUGGCUAUUUCUUGAUUCUAGUACUUCCAUGUUUGUAAAUGCUCGAGCAAGAGUUUAUCACAUUUCAGAUACCAGAAUGAAUCAAAAGUGCAAAAUGACUGAAAAAACAAAUGUAAAAGAAAACCAAGAAAUGAAAAGAGAACUAGUUCUAGAAAGUAAUCCUAAAUGGGAAGCCCUAACUGAAGUAUUGAAAGAAAUUGAAACGGAAAAUAACAACAGUGAAGUUCUUGGUGGUCCAGGGCAAGUAAUCAUUCGUGCAAGUGAUGAUCGAACAUGUGCACAGCUUAGAGAAUAUAUCACUAUUGGAGCAAAGGCUUUCUUAUUGAAAUUAUAUACGAAAAUCUUUGGAAAGGAAAAAGCUGGAGAAGUGAAGGUGAAAUUAAAAAAGGAAGACAAUUCUAAGGGAAACCAGAAAUCUAGCAAAGAAUCCAAAGUCUCAAAAGCCAAAGUCAGGACUUCUACAAAACAAAGACCUCCAAAGAAGAAGCAAGAAUUGACUUUAGCUCAAAUGAUAACAAAGAUUGAAGAUGAAACUGAAGAAGUUGAUUAUAAAGAAACAAGCAUCAACCAAGAAAGCUGCCUCAAGGAAACAGAACCUGAAGUGUUUCAUAUGAAUUUAUCAUCUGAUGCUGCAUAUGGCAUCCAGAAAGAACCCCUCACUAUCAUCCAUCCACUUCUGGGUUGUGGUGACCCCUAUGCCCUGACCGGGGUACUACAUGAAGUAGAGCCAAGAUACGUUGUCUUAUAUGAUGCAGAACUGACAUUUGUUCGUCAGCUUGAAAUUUAUAGGGCAAGUAGGCCUGGGAAGCCUAUGAGGGUUUAUUUUCUUAUAUACGGAGGUUCAACUGAAGAACAGCGCUAUCUUACUGCUUUACGGAAAGAAAAAGAAGUUUUUGAGAAACUCAUUAGAGAAAAGGCAAGCAUGGUUAUCCCUGAAGAAAGAGAAGGCAGAGACGAAACAAACUUAGACCUGGUAAGGGAAGCUGCAUGUACACAUGCUUCCACUGACACUCGCAAAGCAGGUGGCCAGGAAAAGAUUAAUUUGCAACAAAGCAUAAUUGUGGAUAUGUGAGAAUUUCGAAGUGAACUUCCUUCUCUGAUUCACCGACGUGGUAUUGACAUUGAGCUAGUUAUGUUAGAAGUUGGAGAUUAUAUCCUUACUCCAGAAAUAUGUGUGGAGAGGAAAAGUAUCAGUGAUUUGAUUGGCUCUUUAAAUAAUGGUCGUCUCUAUAGUCAGUGCAUUUCCAUGUCUCGAUACUAUAAGCGCCCAGUACUUCUGAUUGAGUUUGAUCCCAGUAAACCUUUUUCUCUUACUUCUUGAGGCUCUUUACAUCAGGAGAUUUCCAGCAAUGAUAUUAGUUCCAAACUUACUCUUCUUACUCUUCAUUUCCCAAGACUCCGUAUCCUUUGGUGCCCCUCCCCACAUGCAACUGCUGAGCUAUUUGAGGAGUUGAAACAGAACAAGCCACAGCUGGAUGCAACAAUAGCCAUGGCCAUCACAGCAGAUGCUGAAACCCUUCCUGAUUCAGAAAAAUAUAAUCCUGGACCCCAGGACUUCUUAUUGAAAAUGCCAGGAGUCAAUGCCAAAAAUUGUUGCUCCUUAAUGAAUCAUGUUAAAAGCAUUGCAGAAUUAACAACUUUGUCACAGGAUAACCUCUCAAGUAUUCUUGGAAAUGCUGCAAAUGCUAAACAACUUUAUGAUUUCAUUCAUACUUCCUAUGCAGAAGUUACAGCUCAGGGAAAAGUUAAAAAAUGA